AUGACUACUUUAUCUCAAAUCUCUAAAUCUGUUCAAAGACAUCCAUUUCAUCUUGUAGAUCCAAGUGUAGUGCAAGGUGCCUGGCAGGCCGCGAACACAGUCCGACGGUCAAACAAAAAGACGAAAAACAACAACAGCAACAACCACUGCCGAUGGCACGCGCUACGGAGCGUUCGAGACUCCCUUUCCCCUUGUGUGGGCGUGCCGCCCACAGUAGCUCAACUCCGACGGGGGGAGUUAAGGAAAGAUGCCCGGCCCGGGAGGAAAAUGGUGGUAGAGACUUGCGAAGACUUGAGCGCUCGGCGAGUGCGGGUUGGGCUUGUCUACAGGUAA